AUGAACCCUUCUCUCCCCGCGAGGGUGCGGCCCCUCCUCUCCGCCGCCCGCCACACCCGCCUGUACGCAACGGCAGCCAAACCCAAGACCUCGCAGUCCCAAGUCCACCCCGGGGCGGCUUCUACGAAGCCCUCCUCGACCCCCGGCGCCAGAACCCCCGCGUCACCGGCACCCCCAUCGCCCGCCACGCCCGAGAAGAAGCCAGCUGCGAAAUCCACCAAGACCCGCGGCCGCAAGAAGAAGUCCGACACGGACACGGACACUCCCACUGAACCUACUUCCACGGCCUCCUCCUCUUCCUCCUCCUCCGACGCCGCCUCCGCGCCAGAACCCGCGGCUACGACGCCCUCGCCCAUCCGAGAGCCCACGCCCGCCGAGCGAGCCGCCGUCGUCUUCGGCGCCGCCCUCUCCGGACCUUCUCGCCGGCGCUCCAUCGACCCCGCCGCGCAAGCCACCCUCGUCGCGGGUGUCCUCUACCGCGAGGAUAUGGAAGAGUACGCCGCCGCCAGUACCGAAGCCACUCGCCGUCUCGCUGCCUCGUCCUCUGCGGAAGAUGCGCCGUCAAGAAAAGAGGCCAGGAACAGCAGCGGCCACCGCCACUCCGCAAGAAGCUCGAAAGGACGCCAGUUUGGCCGCCGAGAAGCGCAAAAGGAAAAGGUCGACGUCCACGCCGCUGGUAGCAUGGACGACGACGGCGGCGGCUCCGAGUCCAACUGGGCGGCGCCCGUCGAGCCUCAAAAGAUCGCCAAGGACUUGUGGGACGAGGAGCUGUACAAGAAUGUCCCCGUUGGCAUCCGCGAGUUUAUGAAGGUCGAGAAAAAGCUCAAGGAGAGGCACGAGCGCGAGGGCACGACGGGAUGA